CUGUCACGAUUCAGUCCGAAACGCGGUACGGUCAGAUUAUUUUUUAUCGAGAAAAUAAUCGAUUUUGUUAUCGGCUACGAUUAAUCGCUUCGUAUAUUAUAAACGCGUAUAGAUGUAUUAGGGAUGUCGUCGUGAGUACAAAGAUUUUGUUUUCCUGUUUUCUGAUUAAAGUGCUUGUCGUUUUUAUGACACUAAAAUGAAACGGUGACGGAGAUGUGAUCAGAGUAAACAUUUCAGUACUGAUACUGGCGAACGAGAUGAGCCAUGGACACCUCAAAGACAUUGUUUAUCUCGAGUAACAAACAACCGGGUAACGCGACGUGAAUAAUGACCCCAAAACGAUACUAUUCAGCGUCAAUUUGCUCGCUUUAUCUCAUUAGUGUCUGGUUCAAAAAGACUUAAUUACAAAUCAGUAUCGCUAUAACCACUUCAGUGGCGUGGUGUCUGUUUGAACUCUGAUGUGAAGUGUUGUUGUGAACAAUCAUUUUCUUGAGAGGAAACUUGAGUGUUUCGUGAUAACAUUGCGUAUGAUGGAGUUCCAAUAUUAUGGGAAUUACGAUCAUCCAUCGAUGCGCAGGAUGCAGGAUCAGCCCUGGUGGGACGAGGAAGAUACGCUUUACGAUAGACGAAUAAACGGCAUGUCAUUAGACGAAGGCAGACAAUCACAAAGGCCAUACAGGUAUGGCAUGGUGUUGUUAUGUGCGGGAGCGCUAAUCAACUGGCUGGGUCUGGCUGAAGACUACGCGGAACCGGUGCGAUAUGUGGGCGUGGCGUGCAUCGUCGCCGGAGCACUACUCAUCUGCGCGGCGAUGUGUUGCUGGCUGCAAUCUCCUGCUAGGCAGCCGCAAAACGAACGGGCUUCGACUGAUACACAUCAGAUCGACGAUCCCAUUCACGUAAUAUCAAUGCCAGACGAGGAGACGAUGCAACAAAAGCCGCCAGACUACGACACUGUGGCGGGAGCACCGCCAACGUAUGACGACGCCAUCAAACUGAAUCCAGCGCGACUGUUGCCGGCGUCGAGCAGCGCGCGCGGAGAGUCGGCCCGCAGUCCGAUGCCAGGAGACGCACCUGUGAUCCCAGGUCAACCUGAUGACGCGCCACCGCCAGCGCCCGUGGUCGCACCAGUUCACCGCUCACAGAUCCCGAAAACACCGCCGCCCCCGUACAAUCCCACGCACGCGAUCAGAUGAAACAUCGGGCGGAUAUCGCACUUUAAAUCGACUGUUGUUUCAUGUGAUGAGACUUGUUACAUCAUAUUGUCCCUAGCGACAAUGCAACCGGUAUUAUAAUGUUAAUGUGCGUACAUAUCUUUGAAGCGAUCGUUUUAAUUUAUAGUAUAGGUUAUCGAGAGCGAUGCGUACUUAUGUGAUAAUAUGAAAGUUGUUAGCUACUUAUAACUUCUCUGUACAUAAACGUUGUAAUUUUAGUGAUUUGUUGAAACGUGUAUUUUAGUAACGUAAGCGAGAAAAUCUCUUCCAAUUAUAUUAUAGUAAAUUGUGUUGCGCAAGUUCUUGGACUAGAAUAAACGAUCGAUGUUUACUUCGUUAAUUUUACAUAUAUCUGGAAAAACGUACUAAUAACAUGUAUAUUUCGACAACAGGUUCCUAUAGAAUUAAAUACGCAAUCGAGAUUGGGAUUCCUAUAAAUAGUGCCAUUCAUGUGAACAGUCAUAUUGGUCUAGUGCCGUUUUUAGUUUAAAUCAUGUAUAGAUGUAGUGAGAAAUUAUUUUCCUUCGGGAAAACUCGGAUCUUUAUCGGAAUACGAUGACACCCGAACUGUCAAUGAAUGAUCGUAUUAAAUGACAUUUUCAUAGCCAUCAUUGUUUAGUGUCAAAUGUCAAAAUGUAUAAUGUCAUUGUACUGAAGCUAUUUGAGAGAGCACGAUAAAUACGAACUUUUCCGAAAAAUUACGAAGGUAAAUCUUUUCUCACUAUAUCUUUAACACAAAGUGCUAUGCACUUGGCACUCACCGACCUCUGUUAGGAUUUGACGCAAACAACAAACGUAUAAUUGUGAUUAACGAAUUUAUACAUAGAUGUCGUUUAAUAAUAUCAUAGUAUGACGAUAAGAGUUCAACUAAAUUAAUGAAUAGCGUGUGAUUUUAGAGUACUAGAUUAUUAUCAGUUUUAUCUAUUCUAGUCUUGACUAACGCAAGUUUUACUUAAUAAUUCCAUUAAACACAGGCAUGCUAAUUUAUAUUACGCACCUAAAUAUUUUGAGAUUGCAUGCAAUGAAAUUGAGCACAACCGUAGAACGAAUUAAAAAUACGACACGAUAGUAGUACUUAAUGUUUAGAAAAUGAUUUUCUUAUCACAAUACUUAUAUGUAAGGUAAAUAAUUUGUAAAAUUUCAAAAGCUUUUCGAUUUAACGGAAACUUAAUAUGUAAUUUAUUUUCCAGUAUUCCGUGCCAUUUCUUUUGAAUAUCUUUUUCCCACGUGUUAACCGCAGUGGAUUUGAAGUUUAAAAGAAUUCUUCGUUAAUAACAUCAAUUAAAAGAGGAAUGUGAGAAAAUGUUCUUGUUAUCAGCUCAAGGAUGCCAUUGCUUUAUUUAAAUUGUAACAUUAAUUUAUAUUAACACUUUCUUAAACACGUUUGUUAAGAAAAUUACGAAAAUAAUAAAUUUUAAACUCCUUUAAAAUUUGUUUAUUAGUACUUACAUUAGGAUACAUACACAUUUCUGUCAGUAUAAUAUGUAAUGCGGUUUUAAUUAAACAUAUUGUAUAUUGUGAAGUAUGGCAUCCAAUUUAAAUCUAAGAAAUCGGCUCAUGAAACUUAGUGGGACCAAUUUUAAUUUUUUGAUAAGUGCUAUGAACUGGGAUAGUGCGUGCCUGCAAUCUUUAGGUGGACUUUACAAUGCUGAAGUUGUGCAUUUAUUAUCUGUAUCUGUAUCUGGCAGUUAUAACUAAAGUGUACAUAGAAAAUAUACUAUGUUAUUGAGAAGCAAA